CGUGUAUCCUGGGCAGGGGUUAAGUAUCCGUGCUCAGGAGGUAGGAAAUGGUUGAGAUAGCAGUGGAAUACAUUGGACUGUGGGAUACAGUUCAGUGAUAGGGUGCUUUUCCUAGUAUGAGUGAGAUUCUAGGUUGAAUCUCCAGCAACCCUCCCCUCCCCCGAAAAAACAUGUGCAUGAUCGUGUCCAGCCCAGAGUCCAGAAUCUAGAGAUAAAAGACAAUGUCCACCCCUAGAACUCCCAGGUAUUUUUUUACUUUAUGUACUUAGGUGUGAGGGUGUCAGAUCCCCUGAAACUGGGAGUUACACUCAGUUGUGAGCUGCCAUGCCACAUGGGUGCUAGGAACUGAACUCAAGUCCUUUAGAAGAACAGCCAGUGCUAUUAACCACUGAGCCAUCUCCAGCCCCUAGAAUUUCCAAAUUUAAGAGGAAGUCUGAGAACAGGUUAAGAUAAGGAACAGGUGCUUAUCAGCCAUGUCUCUGGAGCUACUUACUAUCUGCAUGGAUGGCUGUGGACAGUCUUUUAUUGGAAAACAAGUAAUAGAAAUUAGUUUAGGGCUAUUGUGCUAACUAGUGAGAUAAGCAUGUCUGUAGAGUUCAUUACGAAGUUCUUGCCACAUAACUACUGCCACAGCAGUAGAGUUGUAAGAUGGCUAAUUGGAAAACGAAGCAAUUGAAUAUGCUGUGAAAGUCAAAUAAGUAGCAAGCUGAAUCACUGUCCCUGGGAAACUUAAAAGCAGAACUAAACUAGCCUUGAGAAGUCAAGGGAGCCUCUGGGUAAAGGGAUGUUGUUUACUGUAAUUGCAUCUUCAGGAAGCUAAGAGAUCUUUUCUGUUUUUUUGAGACUGGACUCUAACUCUGGCUGUCCCUAACUCACCGACCGUGCAGGGGUUCCUUGUGGAGGCCCACCCAGAAAAUGCCUGCAGUCCUAUUGCCCCACCACCCUCAGCCCCAGUCAAUGGGUCAGUCUUUAUUGCACUGCUUCGAAGAUUCGACUGCAACUUUGACCUCAAGGUCCUAAAUGCUCAGAAAGCUGGGUAUGGUGCAGCUGUGGUACACAACGUGAAUUCCAAUGAACUUCUAAACAUGGUGUGGAAUAGUGAGGAAAUCCAACAACAGAUCUGGAUCCCAUCUGUAUUUAUCGGAGAGAGAAGUGCAGAGUACUUACGAGCUCUUUUUGUCUACGAGAAGGGGGCUCGGGUGCUUCUGGUCCCAGACAAUAGCUUCCCCUUGGGCUAUUACCUCAUUCCUUUCACUGGGAUUGUAGGACUGCUGGUUUUGGCCAUGGGAACAGUAUUGAUAGUUCGUUGCAUCCAGCACCGGAAACGGCUUCAACGGAACAGACUUACCAAAGAGCAACUGAAACAGAUUCCUACUCAUGAUUAUCAAAAAGGAGAUGAGUAUGAUGUCUGUGCCAUCUGUCUGGAUGAGUAUGAGGACGGGGACAAGCUUCGGAUACUUCCCUGUGCUCAUGCUUACCACAGUCGCUGUGUGGACCCCUGGCUCACUCAGACCCGCAAGACCUGCCCUAUCUGUAAACAGCCUGUCCAUCGGGGGCCUGGGGAUGAGGAACAGGAAGAAGAAACUCAAGGGCAAGAAGAGGAAGGUGAUGAAGGGGAGCCAAGAGACCAACCUGCUUCAGAAUGGACCCCACUCCUAGGCUCUAGCCCUACUCUUCCCACCUCCUUUGGCUCCCUAGCUCCUGCUCCCCUGGUCUUUCCGGGGCCCUCCACAGACCCCUCACCUUCUCCUUCAUCUGCUGCCCUGGCCUGACCCAACCCCCAUAUUUGGCACCUCUGGUGAUCUCUUUGCACAAACUUUUCCAGUCUAAUAAGCUGAGGAUGAGGGAUAGGGGACAUUUCUACCCCAGGUUCAUGAACCCAGCCUUAUCCUUUUGAGGGGGCUAGAAGCCAUAGGGACAUGGUCUUCACUUCUUGGUUCUUGAAUUAAUAAAAUUGUUUUUGUGGAUGAAAAAAA